AUGGCGUCAGCGACGGUUGUCCUUGGAGCGACGGGUCUUUCCUCUCCAACCCUAGCGAUUUCGUCCAAUCCUCCAUGCAUUCAGGCGACUCGUGGAAAUUCGCCACGUGUCGCUGUUUCCAGAGCCCAUCUAGGACGUGGCUUGAUUCCACCACUCCCUUCAUCAAUUCACCACUGGUCAACAAGUCAACGCCUGCCUCAGUCAACGUCUCGGAGUCAACGGCAAGGCCGCUCAGAAAGGCGGGUGCGCGGGCGCGGGCGCGGGCCUGCCGUCGUCCGUGCUGCUAGCAGUAACGAUGAAGCACGGACGGCGGCAUUGGAGGCCUCAACAUGGCCGACGUCAUUGGAGGCCUCGACAUUGCCGACGUCGCCAUUUGCCUCCGCGACUCCGCUUCCAGCCAAUGCUACUCCCGUCGCCACUGCCAUUCCCGCCGCACAAGCCGCCGUGAUCCCCUCCGCUCAACCACAAGCCCAACCCUCCGCUAUAUCGCUGUCUAACCAUUUCGACUUAUUCCUCCUAAAGUUCGUACCACUCUUAACAAACCUAAGGUCCCUCAGUCGAGACGCGCUGGCCUCUCUUCUCGCUCCUCUCCGCUCGCUCAACCUCCCCUCGUUACAGUCACAGCUCGCGUCCGUUACAGUCAAGCCCGCGUUUCUCACCUUCGCCGUCUGCCUGCUCCUCGCCGCGGCGCUCCCCAGCGUCGCUCACGCCGCGAAAUCCGGCGGACGCGUCGGCGGAAGCGCCUUCUCUGCAGUGCAGCCCAUCUGCUGCAAGGUAGUCCCCAAAUGGGCUGCACUGCACUACCUGCUGCAAGGUUCCAAGCGCCCUUCCCUUCCCUCUCUUGAAUUCCUCACUAAAUUUCCUCCCCCUCUGCCUCCCUGUUGUUCCACCCACUCGCACCACCCGAAACCACCCCUUCCAACCCAUCCGAACCCAACCACAGAGACCAUUCUUGCACUCCUGCGUCAUCCUGACUACUGCGUCUAUGGCUUCUCCUCUAGUGCUGUGUACCCCAAUGCCAAUGCUGGUGAGACGGCAUUCAAUCGGGCGAGCAUGGAGGAGCGGAGAAAGUUCCAGGAAGAAACGGUGGUGAACGUGGGGGGCGGCAUGGCGAGGAGGAGGAGAGGGGCCCGCACGGUGGAUCAGGAGGGGAGCUCCACAGAAUACAUUGUGGUGACCAUAACAGCAGCCUGUGAGGGAACCUUGAGUCUGCCUGAAGUGAAAUCCGCGGCUUCUUUGAAGGAGGCGCUUGCGAGACUGGGCUCGAUCCCCAUUGACGAGCUUCAGGUGGGUGAGAGGGAGAUGGGGGAGAGGGAGAUGGGAGAGAGGAACCUGUCUCCCACCAGCUCCACACACAGCACCCUCGUGCAUUCCCCUGCUGCUCCUGCUGCUCCUGCUGCCCCUGCUGCUCCUGCUGCCGCUGCUGCUAUUUCCGAUUUUCCCUCUGCUGCCUCUGCUGCUUCACCUGCUGCUUCCCCUGCUGCUUCCCCUGCUGCUUCCCCUGCUGCUUCCCCUGCUGCUCCUGCUUUGCCUGAUGGGAAGCACAUUGAAUGGCCCUCUAUCAAUGCUACUCCUGCUGCUACACCAGCCUUCUCUGCAGCAACCGGUGAGCGUGUUUCAAAAGCUCUUGCUCGCAAGAUGUUGCACACUGUAGCGGAUCCGCUGGUGAAGGGGACAGUGGGGAAAUGCAACACACAAGGAGCAAGACCAUCGGGAUUUCACUUUUGA